UCCUCUCUAACAGACGCGAAUGCCACCCAACUCAACAAAACUGCUCAACAGCUUAUAUCACAUUCACACACCCCCAACCCCACAAAACCACCCACCCUCUUUCUCCCCACCUCUGCUUCGCUCUUCUCUUCUCCAUUAACAAAUCUGUUCGGGGAGAAUAAGUUGCAGAGUAAAAAAAAUCUAGAGAUAGAGAAUAUUGCUCUUCCUGUUUUCUCUCUCUAUAUAUAGAUAUAUAGAUAUCAUCUUACCUAUAUAUACACAUAUUCACCUUCAGAUAUAGCUAUAUUUUUGCACCUAUAAAUACACACACAAAUAUACAUACACUCCCUUGGUACAGAGGUUUUGCGUGAUAACAGAUCUCGAGAUUCGAACGGAGGAAUUGCGCAUUUUCUAUUCGAGAAACUGUAAAAGAAAUUCAACUUCGUUAUUGCAAUUUUUUUGCUUAGUACAUAUCGGCUCAGUUCUGUUACUUUGAACUGUUAGCAUUUCCAUUGACGGAGGUCUGCUGCUAUCGGAGGAGUUGAAUGUGAUGCAAAUAUUGUAGAGAAGAGUUUUUUAGUUUCGGUAUUAUGGAGGAUAGAGGAGGAUCGUUCGUGGCGGUGAGGAGGAUAUCUCAAGGACUUGAAAGAGGCAAUACUUGCCAUUCAACUUCUGGAGUAAAUUUAUACUAUUGAAGUUUUGGAUCUGUGAAUUGAAAAGUGAGUUGCAUUCAUGCCUACUUGCAUUGAUAUUUGUGCGGAGGUUGUGGCAGGAUCAGCAGCGUGGCUUGGCAGAGGCCUUUCAUGUGUUUGUGCUCAAAGGAGGGAGAGUGAUGCUCGUCCGUCGUUUGAUUUAACUCCAGCCCAGGAGGAAUGUCUGCUAAGGCUACAAAGCCGUAUAGAUGUUGCAUAUGAUAGUUCAAUCCCUGAACACCAGGAAGCUUUAAAAGCUUUAUGGAAAGCUGCCUUUCCUGAGGAAGAACUUCGUGGUUUAAUAUCUGAACAGUGGAAAGAAAUGGGCUGGCAAGGAAAAGAUCCUUCUACUGACUUUAGGGGUGGUGGAUUUAUAUCGCUGGAGAAUCUGUUAUACUUUGCAAGGAACUUCCCGAAAUCUUUCCAGGAUCUUCUCCGAAAGCAGGAAGGUGAUAGAGCAAUUUGGGAAUACCCAUUCGCUGUUGCUGGUGUCAACAUCACAUUUAUGCUUAUCCAGAUGCUCGAUCUGGAAGCUUUAAAACCCAGAAAUCUGGUGGGAGCUACUUUCUUGAAGUUUCUUGCAGAAAAUGAGUCAGCUUUUGAUCUUCUAUAUUGCAUCACGUUUAAGUUGAUGGAUCAUCAGUGGCUUGCCAUGCGAGCAUCAUAUAUGGACUUCAAUACGGUCAUGAAGGCUACUCGUCGUCAACUAGAAGAGGAGCUUCUGCAAGAAGACAUAACACGGCUGGAAGAUUUACCCUCAUACAGCCUUCUUAGUCGAUAGUGUUUGUAGUCGUGACAUUUAAGAAAAUGAAAUGGCUUUUGUAUGCAAGUUUUGAGGCAUCUAUUGGUUUUGUUCUUACAUUAGUAGCUUUCGGUGGUGGGUGUUACUUUGUAGAAGUCAGCGGGGAGGAAAUAUGGGGAUUUUACAGUGCCUGAACUUGGUAAUGUAAGAGCAAGUACAACGUACCCUUGUGUCUUGAAUUUGGUAAGGGGCAAUACUGCUGAGUAGUCUCAAUACUGGUGGUAGGAAAUCGAAGAGUUGUCCUUCGACUACCUUUUUUGUUUAAGCAAAUCGAAGGUGGUACCCGUCGAUCAGCUCUGACAGAGACUUUAGACCAAGACGUACCUGUGUAAACUAACUGAUCGGUGGAUAUUGGCAUAUCUUAAGCUUUAACGUGUGGCCUAUGUUCAUCUUA